AAAUCCCUGUGGUGCACUUUGCACUCUGACUGUGGUGACCGCGUGCCGGCUCCCUUGGCACAGUUUAAAGUCCACAGCAGAGGGGUGCUUACCUGCCUCCUGCACGCCACAGCUCACUCCCACUCCUCCCCGCCUGCACAUCUGCCUGGACGAGGGCUCUGGGGCCUGGAUCUGGACUGCAGCAUGUGGCUGCUUUUCAAGGCAAUGGCUCUGUGCCUGACGCUGGGUUUAGGGCAAUGCACAGAAGAAGCAACACAGGUGAACACUGUCCACCCAGCUUCCCAGGCAGAGUCAUCCUAUUCAGACUGGGGCAUCGAGACCAUCCGGGACAGCUUUGAAACAGUUAACAGCUACUUUGACUCCUUCUUGGAACUGCUUGGGGGAAAAAAUGGAGUAUGUCAGUACAGAUGUCGAUACGGGAAAGCUCCAAUGCCACGACCUCACUACAAACCACAGGAACCCAAUGGCUGUAGCUCCAACUUCCUGGGGCUCAAGGUACCUGAAAGUCUAGAUUUGGGCAUCCCUGCCAUGACCAAGUGCUGUAACCAGCUGGACAUCUGUUACGACACCUGUGGGGCCAACAAGUACCGCUGUGAUGCCAAGUUCCGCUGGUGCCUCCACUCCAUCUGCUCCGACCUCAAGCGCAGCCUUGGGUUUGUCUCCAAGGUGGAAGCUUGUGAAUCCGUUGCAGACACAGUGUUCAAUGCCGUCUGGACCCUGGGCUGCCGGCCCUUCAUGAACAGCCAAAGAAGCGCCUGCAUUUGCAAUGAGGAAGAAAGAGAUGAAUUGUGAAGAUGAGCAGGUGCCUGGCCUCCAUGAGCCUGAUGCCUAGCAUUCCCUCUGCCACUGCACUUCAGCACAGUGACUUCUAUCAGCCCUCUGGCCCAAAACAGGAUGGGGGAACCUGGGCCAAGCAAUACACAUGAACCACAGUUUUUGGGCAGAGAGCUGCGAAAGGGGAGACAGUCUAUGAAUAUAGGGCAGUGAUGUCUGCUGUCCACCACAGAUGCAGUCUAACAGCCCUAGCCCUUUCCAAGUCCAUCAGCCUGAAUGAUCUGAUUUUCUCUGCAGAUCUCUGAUCAGGAGAGGCAAGCAGGAUGCAGCACUGGUUAUAAACAAGAGACUUUACUUGUUUGCCUUAGACGCACAUGUAUUAGCCUCCUCCCCCCCCCCCACCUACCUGAACUCUGUAAUUUGCAGUGCAGGGCAUUAAGUUUCUGCAACCACAGAAAAUCCCAGUCCACAGCCAUGCUAUUUACGUUUUACACCACUGGUGACAGACUGAAGAAGAGAGGUAAUUUACUUUCAGUACCAUCUGUAACAUUUUCCAUCUUAUCAUUACACAACCUAACAACCCUGCUUAUUUAAAUACUUGGUGGAUCCAAAACCAAUUUAAAACAUCCAGGGAGAUUUGGUAAGCAUGAGAAGAAACUUUAAGUGUUUGUGAUAUAGGUACAACUUAUUUUGGGGCAGACAGGGACCAAAGUGCAUUGUGUCUGAGGUGUGAAAUCAUAGCACUCUCCCACAGUCUCAGGAGACAAAGCUGCUUUUCUUUUGCAGUGUCAUCCAGAUCAAUUUAAUUAUUUUCCUCCUACAUCAUUUAACAAAGCUUUUCCCUUAGGAUCCCUUUUUACACAAAAUGACUGGGUAUCCUCCUCCAUCUUUUGCGUGAGGGAAACAGGAGGCUCACAGUUGCCUUGGAUGAGACAUUCAAAAAUCCCAGAGGCUUACCUGUCAGGUAGCAGGGCUUACAUGCUACCUCUAUGGGGCAGAGACACUACCAGCUGAAGAGCUAUCAGCAGCCUCAGACAGCCUUCUUUCUAAAAUGUGGUUAAUACUCCCACCUGCUAUUGGGAGAUUUUUUUUUGCGUACAAAAUGAGAGUUUAAGGUGGUAUAUGGAAUUUCAUCUACAUACAACAUUUGCAGACAGCUUUCAUCUGUUUCUUGUUGAGAGGAAGUUGCUUCUGGGUGUGCGUUCCGUGCCGCAUAAAUACUUCAGCAUCUUCUGCAAACAUAUUUGUGAUUAUGUUCUUCCAUCUGCCAUGGAAAAGUUAAGGCUACAGAAGGGUGAUUUAACAAGAAUAGAAAGAAUCUGUCUUAGUUACGUUUCUUCUCAUUUGGGUUUAAAUGUAUGCAUGGAACUAUAAAUUAUUUAAGCCCCAUAUUCCUGUUCCUCCCAGUCAUCUUUGCUUUACAGUGAACAGCAUUGAGACAUUCAUCUGGCCACAGACAGACUGAAACAACAAGAGCACACUGGUACUAAGACCAGGAAAACAAAGGUGACCAUAGGAGAUGUACUGGGAUGUUUUCCAUUAGGGAGGACCUUGGUUUACACCGAUCAUAAGCAAUGACAUCCUUUCCUAGCUGUGUUAAUGCCACUGGAGAGCAAACACUGUAUUGCCAAGAUUUCUCGCAGUGUGUGCCUGUCAGAGCAUGAGGCUGCACAGACAGUUCUGAUUAUCUAAGAAACAUGUAUUUUUGGCUAGGGAUGGGAAGGAAACUGUCUUUGUUCCAGACCUUCCCAAACUUUGUAUUUCAUUGAUGAAAUUGUGCCUGUUGCCAGCUUUAAAAGUGAACAUGCUCUUACAAUUAAAUGACAAAAUUAAAAAAAAAACAUCUCAUUUACACUCAAUAGCCAACUGGCUGGCAAACGUCUUACAACAUUUUAUAGUUCAAGUGACAUCAGGUUAAAGCCAGGCCAAGCAACUGAAGACAGACAAUGACAUACACUGGAGAAAUUGAAGGGCUCUAAACAAAAUCUCUCUAUCCCGACAACUGAUGUGUCAGAGACACCACUAAUAUAAAUCAGUUUCUUAUGCUUUCAGACCACCAUUCAUCCCUCAACACUACAGACUGCUGCUCACAGGGCAGCUACUGAAUACUGAGUAAGUACAUUUUUCACAACAAAAUUGAACUGUGGCUAGCUGAAAAACCCUCUGAGCAGCUCUACAGGAAAACUUUUGAGCCUUCAAGUCGUGGCAGUGACUCAAACCCACCAAAUAAUCCUGUACAGGAGAAAACCAGUACAUGAACUACGGUAAAACUUCGGCAUCCAAACUAAAAGUCACUUUCCCUUCACAUUGUUCCUGCUACCUGGUUGGUGUACAGCCACUGGAACAGCAAUGGACAAAUGUCAAUGGACAAAUCUUGGGUCAUCUUCACUUCCACCCUGCUCUGAGCAGGAAGACAACACUGUGCUCACCUGAUGGCUUCCUGCUGACUUUGUGCAUUGGCAGGAUUGUUUGCAACUCUUGCAGAUGUUCAACCACUGCUUGUGCAGUGUGUUUUGCUUCCACUAUGUGGUGCAGCAGAUUAAAUUAAACAGACAAAUGCCUUGGCUCUCA